UUUUCAACUCAGGUUCACGAGAUUGAGGCCAGCGAACUAAGAAGCUCCCAAAACUCCAAGCAUAUUCGUCAAGUUCAUGAGAUACUCCAGAGCCAUGGAUUUCUCAAGAUAAACUUAAAUUUCCCCGAUGAGUCAAGCAUUUAUCUCACGCAAUUGAUCUCGUCCUUGAGCGCGAGUCAUGGCCAUGGGCUACCUAUUACACAUAGCUCAACCCGAGGUUGGUUUUGGGAUGUACGACCACAGCCCACGGCAAAAAUAUCAUCACCAUCAAGUUCAGAUCAUCAGAUAUCGCUACCAGAAAUUGUCCCAGCACGCUCUGAGACCGCCGAAUCGUUCCCCUGGCAUACAGACUGCAGUUAUGAAGAAUGCCCGCCACAAUAUUUUGCCCUCCAAAUUAUCCACGCCGAUGCCUGUGGAGGCGGCACUCUUUCUGUACUGGAACUGACACGGCUCCUGCCUUUACUGUCCGCCACGGCGCGAAAAUACUUGUCAAGGGCUGAAUACCGUAUUAACGUCCCACCGGAGUUCAUCAAGAAAGGCAAUCAAAGUUCCAUCAUCGGCAGUGUUUUGACCAAUACCGGGCGCGGGUUACGUUUCCGUGAAGACAUUAUCACGCCGCUGACGACAAGCGCGGGCCAAGCGCUUGUGGAGCUGAAAAAUGUGCUGCGGAGCCCCGGAGCGAUAUCGCACACUGUAUCUCUUUCGUCAGAAUUACUGCCGAGUGGGUCGAUUGUUUUGAUCGACAAUCGACGAUGGCUUCAUGGAAGGAGCACCGUGUGGGACCCGAUGAGACAUUUAAGAAGAGUUCGCUGGGACGCCAAACCUUUUGCGGGAUACAACAGCUGCGAUGUCUCGGAGUUUCUUGUGUAUCCAGUGCAAGCAGAAGAAUCCACCAGGAAACAAGAGCGAGAAGUGAAUAUAAAAAGCCUUGAGGCACCGUGUCCUCAAUUUGGGUGGCCACUUGAUGCGCAUUUACAAAGCUGCCCACAUCCCAUGCGAAUGAACACACAGCACACAAAUAGUCUGAAGGAGCUUCACGAAGCGCUGGUGAUCGCAAUUAACCAUAUUGUGGAGAGGUGGUGGAAGGACGAAGAGGCGGCAUUCCCGACAAGAAUGCCAUUAGAAGAACAUGAGGAGCGUCUUCUACAGUGGAUCGAUGGGUUGAAUAGGGACGAGGCAGAAUCUCGUCCAUUCAAAACGCACCAAGGCUCUUGGAGACCGGACUUUUUGAUUGAGGAGGUUCCUGUGUUAGAUGGAUCGGAAAAGACGAAGGAGCAAUUCCGUAUCUGUGAAAUCAACGCUCGAUUUGCAUUCAAUGGCUUUCUCAUCACUGCGUACGGGCAGGAUGGGCUACUGGCUCUGGGGUCUGAAAAUAAAGGUUUCUUGGGAGCCGCAAAGUCUGAUGAGAUCAUUGAUGGGCUUUUUGAGCUCUUUGAUCCUGAGCUUCCAUUACACCUUCUCAAAGGUGCAGAAGGGGGUCACGAUAUUCUCAUGUUCCUGGAGUGUGCAGAGCGGCGAACUGGAAUUGUUCCCAGAAUAAUUUCACCGCAAGACCUUCGACUGGUGUCAAAUCCAUCUUCCAAGACGGGAUACAAAUUAUGCAGCGUGAUUGAUGUUGAAAAAGCAUUGUCGACAAACACAAAGCAUCCGAAAUCGUCAACCUUCCUCGACGAAACAACAGGCGAAGUUCUAGAAGAAAUCAACCAGGUAGCACUUGAACUCCAUCAACAUGAACUUCGAGUGCUAUCGCACCAAAUGAUUCAACAUAUUUCGGAUCGUUGUUUCAACGAUUUCAGAUCAGUCUUCUUGGUCCACGAUAAGAGAAUGUUGGGGAUUGUCCACCAGGAAUUGGAUUCCUUGCUACACAAGUACAAUGUUCUCAGCGAGCGCCAAGCCGAAGUCCUUCGCCAUGGUAUUGUUCAAACCAUCCUUCCGGGGUCACCGGAGCUUAGGAGCUUCAUCCAGCAAAGUCAAGAGUCGUCAUCAAUUAAAGACGAUUACAUCCUCAAGCCUGUGCGAGGAGGCAAGGGAGAAGGAAUCCUCUUUGGGGAUGAUUUAUCAUCUGGAGAAUGGAACGAAAAGCUACAAGGACUUGGAAGCGCAGGGUUGGUCCAGGGCAAGACAACUUACGUGGUACAGCGUCAGGUUCAACAGCCGCUCUACGAAGUCUUGCUGAGAGAAGAAGAAGGCGUCCAGCAUAAUCGUCUAGUCGGGACAUACAUGUCAGUGAACGGCAAAUACCUCGGGGUUGGAUGCUGGCGCAGUGGCCCGGGGAGGGUAUGUGCUAUCAGCCAUGGCGGCGCAUGGAUGGUUUCUGUUAUAGGAGGUAAAUGA